AUGGUGAGCGCGUCCAGCCUGCUGCUGCCGUCCUCCAUGCGCGACUUCGCCUCCUGCAUCGGCGACGGCGCCGUCCGCGUCGCCUGCGCCAGCCCCUCCUCCACCCUCACCUCCGGCGGCGGCUCCGCCUCCGGCUCCACCCUCGCCGUCACGGCGUCCUACCGUGCCACGCUCCUCAACUCUAACGCCUCCUCUCCGCCGCUGCUGUUUCGCCUGACCUGGGCCCACUCCCCGGUGGGCCCCAUACUGUCUUUUGCUCCAUCCGCCGCUGCGCCUUCCGUUCUCCUUCGCAGGCGCAGGGGCACCCGCUCCUUCACUCUCGCGGACGGCGGCGGCGAUGCGGAUGAUGCGGAGGCGGGCUCGGAGCCCCCCGUGCUCGCCCUCUUCUGGGACCUCACGGCGGCGCGGUACGACCCCGGGGCGUCGCCGGAGCCGCUCUACGGCUACUUCGUCGUCGCCGUGGCCGGCGCAGAGGUCGUGCUCGCGGUGGGCGACCUGGCCGCGGAGUUCGUCAAGACCAAGUUCGAGGGCCAGAUCUCCAAGGCGCGGUGCCUGCCGGUGUCGCGCAGGGAGCGCGUCGUGGUCGCCGACCCGGCGGCAAUGCACACCGCGAGGGUGCGCUUCGCGGAGGGCGGGCCGGAGCACGAGGUGAGCGUCGGGUGCGCCACGAGCUCCGGGGGAGGGGAGGAGCUGUGGGUCAGCGUCGACGGGAAGCGAGCGGUGCAGGCGCAGCGGCUGCGGUGGAACUUCAGGGGCAACCAGACGGUGUUCGUCGACGGCGCGCCGGUGGACGUCAUGUGGGACCUCCACGGGUGGUGGUUCCGGGACCCGCCGGGCUGCGCGGUGGUGAUGCUCCGGGCAAGGAGCGCGCUGGAGAGCCGGCUGUGGCUGGAGGAGGAGGGGGCGGCGCCGGGGUUCUCGCUCGUCGUGCAGGCCUUCAAGGCCCCGCCAUGA